AUGAGCUCCUCCAUUAUCCUUAGAGAACAUUCCCUAACCUUCCCAAGGCUUCUCUGCUCCCUCACAUUCCUCCGCUACAUGGGUGGCGGUCCACGGACCUUCCCCGGUGGCCUUAACAAGUGGCAGUGGAAGCGACUCCACGAGAAGAAAGCCAGAGAGAAAGAGAAGCGACUCCUUGAUCAAGAGAAGCAGCUCUAUCAGGCCCGAAUCCGAUCCCAAAUCCGGCCAAACUAG